UGCUGAUGCUGCUGCAAGAGGGGCGAUGCAGCGACUGCAGUCUUUACCUCAGUGCAUCUGACCGCAGAACAGGGGACGUUUAAAAGAGGUUUUAUUUAUUUAUUAGUCAUUUUACCUCAUUUUACUGCAGUUUAAACACACAGACCUGGUUUAAACGUGUGUAGAGACAGUUUACAACAUUAGAAAGAGGGAUAUUAGAAGGGUAUUCGGCAGCAAACAACAACAGCAGCAACAGCAGCUAGCGGUGAACGGAGAUGUGUAGCUGAGCUGCUUUACAGGCUUUAAGUUCUUCAACUUUUUCUGGAUAUAAAGCUCGUUUUUCAGUCGGGUUUCGCCAUGGUGGAUGCGGCUGAGUGCGGGGUGAAGGUGAUGUGCCGGUUCAGGCCACUCAACGAGUCGGAAAUCAACAGAGGAGACAAAUAUAUACCCAAAUUUAAGGGGGAAGACACGGUGGUUGUCACGGGAAAGCCUUAUGUGUUUGAUCGAGUUCUGCCUCCCAACACAACCCAAGAGCUGGUCUACGACUCCUGUGCUAAACAGAUUGUUAAAGAUGUGCUUGAAGGAUAUAAUGGAACCAUUUUUGCCUAUGGCCAGACUUCAUCAGGGAAAACUCACACAAUGGAGGGAAAACUCCAUGACCCUGAUCACAUGGGCAUUAUUCCUCGCAUCGCUCAGGACAUCUUCGACCACAUAUACUCUAUGGAUGAAAACCUGGAGUUCCACAUCAAGGUUUCUUAUUUUGAGAUUUACUUGGACAAAAUCAGAGAUCUGUUGGAUGUUUCAAAGACCAACCUUGCUGUACAUGAAGACAAAAACAGGGUACCAUACGUCAAGGGCUGCACAGAGCGCUUUGUGUCCAGCCCAGAGGAGGUCAUGGACGUUAUAGAUGAUGGCAAAGCCAACCGCCAUGUAGCUGUCACAAACAUGAACGAGCACAGCUCACGCAGCCACAGCAUCUUCCUCAUCAAUAUCAAGCAGGAGAACGUAGAGACUGAGAAGAAGCUGAGCGGAAAGCUCUACCUGGUGGACCUGGCUGGAAGUGAGAAGGUCAGUAAAACGGGAGCAGAAGGAGCCGUCCUGGACGAAGCUAAAAAUAUCAAUAAAUCUCUUUCUGCUCUGGGGAACGUCAUCUCUGCCUUGGCUGAGGGAACCAAGACACAUGUGCCAUACAGAGACAGCAAGAUGACCCGUAUCCUGCAGGACUCUUUGGGUGGUAACUGCAGAACCACCAUCAUUAUCUGCUGCUCUCCAUCUGUCUUUAAUGAAGCUGAGACCAAGUCCACUCUCAUGUUCGGUCAGAGAGCAAAGACCAUCAAGAAUACUGUAUCCGUCAACAUGGAGCUGACAGCCGAAGAGUGGAAGAAGAAGUAUGAGAAGGAGAAAGAGAAGAACCGAGGGCUGAAGGUUAUCAUCCAGCGGCUGGAGAAUGAACUCAAACGCUGGAGGAAAGGUGAAUCAGUUCCCGUUGAAGAGCAGCAUAAGAACAAGGAAGCGAAGACCGCUGAUGCCACACCCAUUAUUGAUACUGUAGCUCCGCCCCCACAGCCUCUUUGCGACACAGAGAAAACCCAGUACGAGGAAUUGAUCAAUGAACUUUACCAGCAACUGGAUGACAAGGAUGAUGAGAUAAACCAGCAGAGUCAGCUGGCAGAGUCGCUGAAGGAGCAGAUGGUGGAUCAGGAUGAGUUGUUGGCAUCAACACGGCGGGACUGUGAGAAGCUGCAAGAGGACCUGGCCCGGCUGCAACAUGAGCAUGAGGCGGCCAAGGAGGAGGUGAAGGAGGUGCUGCAGGCCCUGGAGGAGCUGGCUGUGAACUACGACCAGAAGAGCCAAGAGGUGGAGCAGAAAGGGAGGUCCAACAAUCAGCUCAAUGAGGAGCUCACACAGAAGAGCACACUUCUAUCUAGUGUGGAGAGGGAACUGGCUGCUCUGCAGGAGAUGAGUGGACAUCAUAAGAAGAGAUCUGCGGAGAUCUUCAGCAUGCUGCUCAGAGACAUCAAUGAGAUCGGCAGCAUCAUCGGCACCAGCGACCUUAAAGCUAUGACGGAGUCACACACAGCGAUGGAGGAGGAGUUCACCAUGGCCCGCCUUUACAUCAGCAAGAUGAAGUCGGAGGUGAAGUCUCUGGUGAACCGCAGUAAACAGCUGGAGGGCGCCCAGGCCGAAACGGCACGCAAGAUUCAGGCCAAUGAAAAAGAGCUGGCAUCCUGCCAACUACUCAUCUCUCAGCUCCAAGCCAAGAUUAAGUCUCUAACAGACUACAUGCAGAACGUGGAGCAAAAGAAGAGGCAGCUGGAGGAGAGCCAGGACUCACUGAUGGAAGAGUUGGCUAAGCUCCAUGCGCAGGGAAAGAUGCACGAGGUGUCAGUGAUGGACAAGGAGAAGGAGCACAUGAGCAGGAUGAAGGAUGCUGAAGAAAUGAAGAUUGCCCUUGAGGAGCAGAUGGAGACUCACCGUGAGGCCCACCAGAAGCAGCUCUCGCGCCUCAGAGACGAGAUUGAUGAGAAGCAGAGGAUCCUGGACGAGCUGAAAGAUCUGAACCAGGCUCUUGAGCUGGAGCAGAAAAAACUCCUCUCGGACUACGACAAGCUCAGAAAGGAGGAGGAGGAGAAGGACAGGAAGCUGCAGAAACUGGUCUUACUGAAUGAGAAACGGGAGCAGGCCAGGGAGGACCUGAAGGGUCUUGAGGAGACGGUGGCAAAAGAGCUACAGAUGCUCCACAACCUCCGAAAGCUCUUUAUUGAUGAACUCAACACACGUGUCAGUAGGAGCGUGGAGCUGGACCCGGAGGAGGGUGGCAGCCUGGCUCAGAAGCAGAAGAUCAUUUUCCUGGAGAAUAAUCUGGAACAACUCACCAAAGUCCAUAAACAGCUGGUGCGUGAUAACGCAGAGUUGCGCUGUGAGCUGCCGAAGCUGGAGAAGCGUCUGCGGGCCACAGCCGAGCGCGUCAAGGCUCUGGAGGCGGCGCUGAGGGAGGCCAAGGAGAACGCCAUGAGGGACCGCAAGCGCUACCAGCAGGAGGUGGACCGCAUUAAAGAGGCCGUCAAAGCAAAGAACCAAGCAAGGAGGAGCCACACGGCACAGAUCGCCAAGCCCAUCCGUGCUGGACAUCAUCACCCAGCUGCCUCUGGCUCUCCAAGUCACAGCAUCAGAGGAGGAGGCCAGUCUACACCCAGCCCACGCCGCCACCACCAUCACCAUCAGCAGGCUCUGCACUACCACCAGAGCAGCAACAGCAGCCUGAGCAGCAGCAGCAGCAAAUGAAGAACUGAGAGACGAGGGAAGAGGAAUGGCGUAUCUUGAGCUGACUCGGAAUUCUUUCCUUCCAGACUUCGUCCCGUCACUUUAUUGAUUAUUUUUCCAUGGCGGACUCUUUUUUGUUGCUGGAAACGAAUACAACUUAAGUCACCUCAGAUUGUGUUGAGAACAGGAGAGUUUUUUUUCAGAGAUUAUUCAGGUAUUCACCUCAUGUUUGACCACACAUCCUGAUUUAAAAAUCAAUGAACCAUUCAUUAUGUUCAGUUCAGCAAUGUAAACUCCCUACUCUUUCUCUCUUUGGUUACGUUCACACAGCAGGUGCCCAAGUAGCACAAAUCUUGAUUUCUUACCAAACCACAUGUUUAUUUUAGGUUGUUCAUGCUAUUUUUAAAACGUGACCCAUAUCUGACAUUCGUGUAACUGAUGCACAUUUGCUAAAGGACAACACAUUGGGCUUCUCGUGAAGUUUCAGUUUCAUCCUUGCCAGGAUCACAGCAGCUAUGAAGGAGUUCUAGUGACUGACAGCUGGGCUUAUCGACAAGAAUAUGUGCCAGCUUCCUGUAAAAACAGCAUAAUAUUCAGCCAUGCCGACGUAUUUGGUUUGUGUCCUUUGUCCUUGGUUUCUUAAAUGUUGUUUUUAAUCUUUUUAUUUUGGCUAUAUCUUUAGAGUUCCUGAGCAGUUGUACGCUACCAUUUUAGCCUUAAUGCAUCUAAGAGCUGCCCCCCAGCUAACAAUUUUUGGCUAAUAGAAAGUUUUCUGAACUUUACAGGUAAUGUCAAAAAAGAACGUUCUCUCAAGUUUUCUGGAUGUUUUUAGCAUGUUUUAAUUUAACGUUUUUAAACGUUCUGAAAACUUCACUUGCGUCAAUAAUGUUUUCAUAAUGUUAGUAUUCAUCUAGCUGGGAACAUUAUGUGAGAAACGUUCUAAUAGCAUUGUGAUACAAACCAUUAUUAGGUCACACAUUUUAGGAACGCACCUGGAACAUUCUUUCUAUAAUAUUACAGGCUUACCUUAUUGGAACAUUUUUGAAAUAUUGCUAAAUAUAGCGUUCUCUGUUAGGAGGUCAUGGUGCAUGAUUUGAUGUGGUAAUACUAACAGCAGAGUUCAGCUUUAUGCAAAUGAGUAUGACCGUUGUGCUGCAUCUAGCCAAUCGGACAAGAGUAGGCUGUCGCACACACAACAGAUGCCUUUCAAAAAAGGAAGAGGGGCUGAAAACAGCAGAAAUUGGAUUUACUAAACUAUAUUUUAAAAUAAGGUUAAUUAACAAUCUACCUUAAGACUGUUUUUUGCCUCAUUUGAAUUCAAAAUUGUUACAGACACACCCGCAUGGCAAACCAAGAGAUCCGACACGGCAGAAUACGUUGAAGAAGAGUGCUAGUGGAAUAUUGUGCUAGUUCUUGUUACCUCUUUAUUCAACCACUGAAAUCCUCACUCACUACUGUCGUCCAUUUUCCUUUCUUCUCACAGGCUUUUUUUUUUCGCUGCAUUGUCCGAAUCGGAUACGUAACAGAUUUCAGUACAACAUAUUGAAGAUGCCCAAAUCGGAAUAAAAAAUGUCAGAAACCAAUUACACUGACGCACAGAUGUCACAUAUGUGUCACACCUGUGUCUUAUAUGAGGAAAACAGUCAGAUUUGAGCCACUAAACAUACCUGCUCUGUGAACUUAAUCCUUUAGUCUCCGUCUCUAUUGUCAUCUGUAAUAAUUGUGAAUUCAGUACAGAUCCAGCUGUUAAAAAUCUGGACCUCCUCCCUAAAAACUCUUCUGGAUCUGAACUGUACGAAUCACUAAAGCAAACCCAUGAAAUGAACACAGCGAUGUCUGGACACCCUUAGGUGCAACUCAAGGGUCUUUCUGGGGUUCUUCUAAUUGGCAGCGACUCAGUAAAUCCUAUUUUUAUUGCCUACUCAGAACAAGUCCAGACAUGACUGGGAAUGUAGUUUGCUUUAGAACCUAAACUCUGUUGAUUUAAGGUCUCUGAAUGUAUUUUGGGUUUUUUAUAUAUACACUGAAAUCUGUCAGUAACCCGGACUGAAUUUUGUAUUUUAUAAUGAUUAUUUAUAACUUGAGUCAUUUCAGAAUGUGUUGAAAUGUUAUUUAUUUUUGAAUCUUUCUGUUUAAGUUAAAUAUUUAUUUACUGCUCAUUGGACAGUUUCAUUUGCAUCUGUUUCUUUUCAUGUGUAAAGUCAGGGAUAUCUGUACGUAUGUUUUUUAGUGUUGUCAGUAUUAGUUAGAGAAAAAGUCAAUCAGUGUCCGUUGAUGGACGAAACACAAAGAGAAAUGUAUAUACAUGGAGGUAGGUAUGAAAGAAUCAAGUAAUAAUGUGCUGAUUUUUUUUUUUAUAUAGACAGACAUUGUGCACAUGAUGAAGCCAAUCAUAAAGGCCAUAUUUAGGGUAAUUAACCUUUGAGUAGUCACUGUCCUAUCAGGAGCAUCUUUUUUUUUUGCACACCUUUUUGCACAGCAGCUACCCUAACAUUUUGUCAGUAUUAUGAAUUUAUGAGGAGUUAUGUUACAUAAAAUAUUCUUACAGUAAGCCGGAAUCACACUACCGAUGUGUUUUAUCCCUAGAAUAAAGCUAAUUAAAUCAAAAAUAUUAAUCAUGUUAUAUUCUACAGUUCAGCAUAAUGUAAUUUACAGUAAAAUUUGAUAACACAAAAAACUGAGAUCAGUGCACUCACAACUAAAUUGGAUUGUGAGUAGUAAGUGUAUGACUUUGGUUGGGUUAAAAACAUGCUCACAUGCAGUUUAUAAGCUUAUUUACCACCCUGUAAUUUUAUCUGGGGAUAAAGCACACUAAACAUACUUUUCACAAGGGGUUAUAAAAAUUAAUAAUAAAACAAAUUUACAUUAACAUUUUAAUUGGGUUUAAAUUGAGUUUAAAGCCUGUUUUCCAAAAUUAACAGGAUUCCAUUUUUGGACCCUUUAAGAACAGUUGAAUUUGGGACUUAUUAGCCCUCAAAAUCUUUUAAUUGUGCUGUAGUGUGACUCAGGCAUUAAACAGAAAGUUAAGAAUGUUUUUUUUUUUUUUUUUAGUUUUCCUCAUAAGUAACCAUUCUAAAGACUGGACAAUGACAAGAAGAAAAUAUCAAAGAAAUUUAGACAGAAUUUGUGCUUUUGCAAAAAAAAGCAGUCUCCCCAGAUGCCUUAUAGCCCAGUAUUAAUGUUGUUCUAUAAGUAUUUGUAUAAUAUUUAUUCAUGUAUUUAUUUAAAUUUUAACUUUAUUACUUUCUUUGCAUAUUUAUUUGUAUUAAUUUAAAUGAUUGUAUUUUUGUAUUAUUAUUUCAUUUAUUUAUUAAUUUCUGUGCAAAACCUCUUGGUGCGUGAUGCUGACCAGCCACUCAGUUCAUCGUGCAGUAUUCCACAAGAAAGCGCAGAUCUGCAUUAUAUUUUCUAAACUUUCUCAUGAUAUUUAAAGCAGCAGUCCCUAAGAUUUCUCUUUAUUUUAAGCAGUUGAAAAGCAGUGGUAUUCCUGAGUGGAGGGCAAAAAAAAUCAUGACCAAGACCAUCCCUGCAGUGUCUAUUAUAUUGAUUCUAAACAGAGUGGUCUGAUAGGUUGGUUAAAAGUAAUUGCUCUUCCACAUGCUCUGUGCAAUUUCACAUUCUCACCAGAGAGGUCACUAAAUCUCCAAAACUUAUGGACUGUUGCUUUAAUGGUGCUCAAUACGCAUUAUUUUAUUAUAAAACUGCUCAUAUAUUAUGUUAUGUUUUGUUGUUUUUUCAGUCUGUGCAAUUCAGUCUGUUGCCAUCCAUCAUUCAGAUUGGUUACCCUCACUUACACUCUUAUAGCACCAGUAUUAGCGGUCCUACACAGUGUUACACUCUUUGCUCACAGUGUUGUAUUGCCAGUCACUAUUGCUCACUGAUUUAUUGUUCUAUCAGUACAGACUGGUGUGAUGAAUGUGUGAAAAUACUCAUACUGUAUCUGCUUUGUUCUUGUGUAGAUUAACACGUGGUCAGUAUACAGUGCAGUGGCUGAACUGACGGCCUUGUGGUGAAAUGGGUGUGGUGCUACACACUUCGACUGGUCCUGUCUAAUCUUAAAGAGUCAAUACUUUGUAAACACAUGAGGGAAUUACCUCAAAUAAACACACACACACACAUAUACUUCCAAUGGACCUUAAGAAGAAACUUGAGUUAUUAACUGAGUUAUUAACUCUGAAUCGUGGCAGUCUGACAGCAGAGGCACCAACGGUACCUUAAAUAAGAUAUCGGUGUUUUUAUAUUGUUCAGUGUUUUUCUAUGACUAACCUCACCUGUGGUUGUCUGAGCGCCUUCAUCUCCGAUCAGAAAACUCAUUCCUCAUUCCUGUGAUCUCCCAGUUUAGUCCUGUAAUGUGUUCAUGUUUUCACAAUGCUCCCUGAUUCAUUUGAGCAGGAUCAUCAGAAAGAAAUGAAUCGUGAGUCUGACGGGUCUUUAUUCCGAAAACUAGAGAAUUGUCAAAGAUGAAUUUCUCUGGUUUAUGAGAAAUGCAUGGCAACAUUCAAAUAUGAGGGUCAAUGUUAAAAGGAAUAAAAAGUUGUCAACUUUU